AUGGAGUGUGUAACUUGCGGUGCAACAUUUCGGGGUUUGCGGCUCUGCCAUUCGAACCCCACCCAUGAUACAUCCCACAAUCGACCCUCCUCCCAUCUCCAUAAACCCUCCAGUUUGCCCUCUACUAGUCACUCGUUUCUUAAAAAAUUAGAAAAUGUCCCGCUACGAAAUCCUCUCACCAGAAGGCCUCCGCACCGACGGCCCUCAUACGUGGAGCACGGCAACACAAAAGUGAUUUGUUCCGUCAACGGCCCCAUCGAGCCUCGCGCCGCUAGCGCUCGCAAUUCCGAGCGCGCAACGGUCACGGUGGACGUCUGCUUCGCGGCGUUCAGCGGGACAGAUAGGAAGAAGAGAGGGAAAAGCGAUAAACGAGUGCUAGAAAUGCAAUCCGCCCUCUCCCGCACCUUCGCCACCACCCUCUUGACCACCCUGCACCCGCGCUCCGAGGUGCACAUCAGUCUGCACAUACUCUCCCAGGACGGCUCAAUCCUAGCCACUUGCGUCAAUGCCGCCACACUCGCGCUCGUCGACGCUGGCGUGCCCAUGUCGGACUACGUGACCGCUUGCACCGUCGCGUCCUACACCAACCCGGACGAGUCGGGCGAACCCCUGCUCGAUAUGAGCUCCGCCGAGGAGAUGGACUUGCCGGGUAUCACACUCGCGACUGUGGGCAGGAGCGAUAAGAUUUCCUUGCUGCAGUUGGAGACUAAAGUGCGCCUGGAGAGACUUGAGGGUAUGCUAGCUGUUGGCAUUGAUGGGUGCGGGAAGAUCAGGCAGUUGUUAGAUGGGGUUAUUCGCGAACAUGGGAAUAAGAUGGCAAGGAUGGGGGCGCUGUGAUUAACUUAGAAGGUCUUUUUUUUUCGAUUUCUAGAUUUAGUUUACAGAUCGGGCUCCUUUUCUCUUUUUUCACUGUUGUUUUUCCCUCCACCGGGUUGCUAGGACAUUAAUCUAGUUUUUUUCAUGAUAUGGGGAUUGAAUUUU